CUCAUUCACUAGGGCAAUCAGGAUGUUGAUGAUGACGAUGAAAGCUUUCUCGCUUCUGCUUCUCUGCUUCAAUAUUCUGACGUUUUCUCUCCUAUCUUUGGCCUCAUCUUCAGACCCCAACGACGCCUACCCGUCAGGCUACGGUGAUGGUUCGUGCAGGGUGAGAGUGAAGAAUCACGAUCUUGUGCCUCCUCCUCGGAGGGAUGUUUACGACGAGGGAAAGAUCUUUGAUAUCACCCACACGUUCAAGGAGGACUUGCCCGCUUUUGAUUCGUCGGAGGGGGUGGGCCAGUUACUUUGGCUCCCUUUUAGCAUCAAGAAUGGGUCCCUCGCCAAUAUGUCCGAGAUGAAGUUGCCCGCCCACACCGGCACCCACGUCGAUGCCCCCGGCCACUUCUUCGACCACUACUUUGAUGCUGGUUUUGAUAUCGAAUCCCUCGACCUAGCGGUCCUCAACGGUCCUGCAUUGUUGGUCGAUGUUCCAAGAGAUAAAAACAUAACUGCGGAUGUUAUGAAAUCCUUAAAUAUUCCUAGAGGAGUUCGUCGUGUUCUAUUCAGAACAUUAAACACUGACAGGCGACUUAUGUGGCAGAAAGAAUUUGACUCAAGCUAUGCUGGAUUCAUGAAGGAUGGUGCCAAAUGGCUAGUAGAAAACACAGAUAUCAAGCUUGUGGGAAUUGAUUACUUAUCUGUUGCUACCUAUGACGAUUUAGCUUCUGCCCAUUAUGUUUUUCUGGAAGGCAGGGAAAUCAUUCUUGUUGAAGCCCUAAAGUUGGAUGACAUCGAGCCAGGAAUAUAUUCUGUGCAUUGCUUACCUUUAAAGUUACGUGGUGCUGAGGGAUCACCAAUAAGAUGCAUCCUCAUCAAGUGAUAAUUUCUUGUAAGUUUAAUGUAGCAAAAUA